AUGUCCCAAGCUUCCGGACAUACGCGGCUUGAUGCGCGGAUCAAAACUUUGGUCGAAAAUGGUGUCGCGAAGCAUCAUCGAUCGUUAUUUGUGAUUGUCGGCGAUAAAGGCAAAGAUCAGAUACCCACUCUGCAUCACAUUCUAACGAAAGCCACUGUUGGACCUCGCCCUUCAAUGUUGUGGUGUUACAAAAAAGAGUUGGGCUUUUCUUCGAAUCGACAAAAACGAGCUCGUCAACUUAAGAAGAAAGGAGAAGUCGGCAACAUUAUGCUAAAAGAUAAUCCGUUGGAUAUUUUCCUUUCGUCGACUCAAAUUCGUUACUGCUACUAUUCGGAGACGAAAAAUAUUCUGGGAAACACUUAUGGAAUGCUUGUACUGCAGGAUUUUGAAGCAAUCACUCCCAAUUUAUUGGCUCGGACAAUUGAAACGGUUGAGGGAGGUGGCCUCGUCGUUUUAUUGCUUCAUUCAGUCAAUUCAUUACGGCAACUGUACACAAUCUCUAUGGAUGUGCACAAUCGUUAUCGAACUUCUUCCAGUGGAGAAAUUGUUGCCAGAUUCAACGAGCGUUUUAUCCUUUCAUUGUCCAAUUGUCACUCAUCCGUGGUUAUGGACGAUGCUCUUCAAAUUCUUCCCAUUUCCAGCCAUAUGUCGAAGAUUCAAGCUGUAUCGCCAUCGGCUAAAAAUGAAAUUUCGCCAAAUGACACAGAGUUGCAAAGUUUGAAAGAACAAAUGAAAGAUUCGAAGCCAAUCGGGUUUCUGUUGGGAAAGUGUUGCACCCUUGAUCAAGCAAAGACUCUAUUGAGAUUAAUCGAUGUUCUGACGGAUAAGCAGCUUACUGUGACUUGCUCAAUAACUGCUGGGAGAGGACGGGGAAAAUCAGCUGCAAUGGGUCUAGCUGUCGCUGCGGCUGCGUCUUUUGGUUACACAAAUAUUUUCGUCACUUCUCCAUCACCCGAAAACUUGAAGACCUUUUUCCAAUUUGUUGUGAAAGGCUUUCAAGCGAUGGAGUGGAAGGAACACAUGGAUUUCGAACUAGUACAAUCGACAAAUCCCGAGUUCAAUAAAGCGCUCGUUAGAAUAAAUGUGACUCGAGAGCACCGACAAGUUGUUCAGUACAUUGACCCACGAGACGCAGAUAAACUUGGUCAGGCUGAGCUGGUGAUUGUUGACGAAGCGGCUGCCAUCCCACUCCCACUUGUGAAACAACUAAUAUCUGGACCCUACUUGGUUUUUCUUGCUUCGACAAUAUCCGGCUAUGAGGGAACUGGACGAUCUUUGUCUAUGAAACUUCUGUCACAGUUGAAAGCCCAAUCUGCUGGCCUGGCUAUGGAACUCGAGGAAAGCAUUCGUUAUCGACCUGGGGAUGAAGUUGAAGCAUGGCUCUCGAAGGUUCUUUGUCUGGACUCUCCAUCUGCUACACUCAAGCUGACAUGUGGAACGCCUCCCCCCGCUAAAUGCCAAUUAUACUAUGUCAACCGGGACACUCUUUUCUCAUUUCACAAGGCUUCGGAAGCUUUUCUCAACCAGGUUAUGUCAAUCUAUGUGUCGGCUCAUUAUAAAAACUCGCCAAAUGAUUUGCAAAUGUUGUCAGACGCUCCAGCUCAUCACCUUUUUGUGUUAAUGGCUCCCAUCAAGAAAGAGGAUUCAUCAUUGCCUCAAGUUCUUGCCGUGGUUCAAUUGUGUCUAGAGGGAAAUAUUGCCAGAGCCGUUGUCUCGAAUUCUUUAUCGAACCGACAAAUUCCCGCUGGAGAUCUUUUGCCAUGGACAGUUUCUCAACAGUUUCAAGACAAGCUCUUCCCUUCAUUGUGUGGUGGAAGGAUUAUUAGAAUCGCAGUGCACCCUGACUACCAAGGUAUGGGUUAUGGUAGUAGAGCACUUGAAAUUCUCGAGAAUUACUACUUGGGUAAAAUUCCGUGUCUCUCGGAGGAAGACGAUAAUGGAAAGAAAAACAAAGAAAUCGGAACUGUGAAGGAAAGUGCACUUGGUCUUUUGGAAGAGCAAAUUUCGCCAAGAGCCACACUUCCACCAUUGUUAUUGAGUUUGGAGGAAAGAAAAGCGGAGAGACUUGAUUACCUAGGAUCAUCUUUUGGACUCACGUUGCCUUUGUUCAAAUUUUGGAAGCGAGCGUUCUAUGUUCCGGUUUACUUGAGACAAUCGGCGAAUGAUAUCACCGGCGAGCAUAGUUGUAUAGUGUUGAAACAAAUGGUGCAUGGAGAGAAUGAAGGAUCAUGGUUGUCUUCGUAUUGGAGAGAGUUUCGCUCAAGAUUCAUAGAAAUGUUAUCGUUCGAUUUCCGCAAAUUUCCAGCACAAAUGGCGUUUUCGUUGUUACAUCUACCGAAUGAUGCACUUCCGCCUGUUGAAAGAAAAAUUCUGAAUCGAGCCGAACUUUCUUAUCUCAUUUCCGACGCUUCGUUGGCUCGAUUGACGGCGUAUUCUCGUUCGAUGAUUGACAAUACUUUGAUAACCGACCUCCUUCCGGUACUUGCUCGAAUCUAUUUUCUCGAUAGAUUACCACUUGAGUCAAAGUUAUCUGCAGUUCAAGCGGCGAUCUUGGUGGGAAUGGGUUUACAAAGAAAAGAAGGAAAAGUCAUGGCUAAGGAGCUAGACAUGCCGCUUAAUCAGAUUAUGGCUGUUUACAACAAGACGAUACACAAACUUUCACAAUCUCUGGACUCAAUUUGUGAGGGUGCUAUAAAGAAGGCAAUGGAUUUUAAGGAACAAGAACAAAAUGAAGAAGUUGAUGCGGCAACAAAUAUGAUGAAACCACUUGCUCAAACUUUAGAGGAAGACUUAAAAUUAGCCGCUGAAGACUUUAAGAAACGCCAAGACCGGGAUCGACAAGAAGUGCUCGAAGAGUUCGGGGGAGAUCUUAGCAAGUAUUCAAUUGGUGGCAGUGAUGCAGAUUGGAAGAAAGCGCUGGCUACGAGUAAAUUUGGUAAAGGCGGAACGGUUUCACUCAAGAGCAAACGAAAAGUCGAUACGAUGGAGGUGCCCGACGAGAAAGAUCCAUUGAAGAAGAAAAAGCAAAAGAAGUUGAAAAUCGUUGAGAGGAUGGUAAAAGCAAAAGACGACUCGCCUGAAGAGCCUGGAGUCGCCACUGAGAAUAUCGUUAAUGGAUGUGAAUUAGACCCCGAAUCGACUCGAAAGGAAAUGCGGAAUGAAGCAAGUCCAAGAUCACCAUCGCCAACUGGAUCCGAUUUGUGGAGAAGCUCUAACAGUCUCCUCUCGCAAGCCGAUGAGAUGCUGAAGAGUGAUUUUUCGCCUUUGGAAGUUCUGAGGACAUUGUUCCCGAAUCUUCCCACUCCACCCGACUCGUACUCUGAUGGAACGAUUCUCUCCAUUCUUUCCGAGCUUCUCGAUCAGCCACCAAAAAGAAAGAAAUUACCUCAAUACAACACGUUUGCUGAUGCGGUCGAGCUCUUUCGAAACUCGAAGCGAAUCUUGAUCCUCACGGGGGCCGGUGUUUCGGUUAGCUGCGGAAUUCCCGAUUUCCGCUCAAAGGAUGGAAUCUACGCUCGAUUGCAUGAGGAGUUUCCUGAUUUACCGGAUCCCACUGCUAUGUUCGAUAUUUCAUAUUUUCGCCGAAAUCCUGCGCCAUUUUACGAUUUUGCAAAGGAGAUUUUCCCGGGCCAAUUUGAACCGUCGAUAUCGCACAAAUUCAUCAAAUGCUUGGAGGAUUCAGGACAACUCUUGCGCAACUACACACAAAAUAUCGACACAUUGGAGCAUCAAACAGGCAUCACCCGAGUAAUCGAGUGUCAUGGAUCCUUUUCCAAAGCGACUUGUCUUUUGUGCGGAGCAAAGUUUGAUGGAGACGUGAUUCGCGAGGAUGUGAAAAACAAUCGAGUUGCCCAUUGUUCUCGAUGCGUUCAAGGAGUGAUCAAACCGGAUAUUGUCUUCUUUGGCGAAGACUUGGGCGAGGAAUUCCAUCGUCAAAUGGCAAUCGAUAAGCACAACGUGGAUUUAGUUGUCGUAAUUGGUUCUUCGCUGAAAGUUCGGCCCGUUUCAUUGAUUCCAUUCUCGGUUGGAGACAAUGUUCCGCAGAUUUUGAUCAAUCGUGAACCACUUCCUGCUUACACGACCGAUAUUGAGCUUAUUGGAAACUGUGACGAUAUCAUUACUCAAAUCUGCAUGGAACUCGGAGGAUCGUUUACGGAAUUACUUCACGCACACGAAGCACGAUUAAAGGAGAAAAACAAAGAUUCCGGAGUGAUUGUAAAAGAACGAGUCAAACGAAGCGAAAUUGCAAUGGAUGGCUUCAAUGAGAUUAUGGAACGAUUGAAAGAAGAACAAGCAAACAACGUUGAGUCAAAUGAUCACGGUGAACCAUCAAGCCCAAAACGAGCUCGAUUGGAGGACAAUUCGGAGCGAUUCGUUUCGAUUGAGUCACACAUUCCAAAAGACUCUUAUUUUGUGGUUGGAGUAAAUCGUUGCGUUUUUCCCGGUGCCGAGUUACACUUUGAUCUCGAGGAUAAGAAGUGUGUUGUUGUGAGCAACCGCUACAUGAAGUCAAGUUAUAACAGCUCCAAUGAUGAUAGUGACGAUGACGAGGAUGAAAGGGAGCUUCGGGGCGGAAGCGAACCGGCGCCUGAGAUUGAGAGAAAGGAGUCAAACAAACGCGGUGAUUCGUGCGAGCCCAGGGUGAACCUCGAGCGACGCGUUUCGGUGGAAACAAUGAGGCAAAAAAUCGAGGAUGGUGAGGCAUUUACGAGUGAUUCCGAGAGUGAAAACAUCGAUCUCUUAGAAAUGUUC